AUGGCCUGUGCAAGUUUUUUUCUUCAACAUCUUUGAUUUGGAUCCUUUAUAAGGAAACAAGACAAAAUACAUAUCAAGACAACAAUUUCUACUACAAUUAGCAGAAGAGCUUGCCGAACACUAUCACGAAUUUCUCCAAGAAGAAAAGGAAAACGUACAAGGAACAUCAAGUGAUCAAUGUGAUAUUUCGCAUUUGCGGAAAGCAUGUCAGAUUUUGCAAAGAUAG